CUGUCAACUGCGCCCGGUCGCGCUGCUAUCGCCGUGGUGCGGGCUUCUGGUCCCGGCUGUGUUCAGGUAUGCCCCAGAUAGCCUGCCAUAGGUUGCUUCCUUAUGAUAAUAAUCCCAUUUAGAUCUAUCGUAAUCUAUGUCCUAAGGCACCACUUCCGCGGCCACGGGUUGCGGCAGUGCGCACGCUGUACGACCCCUUAGGAGACCUUACUUCCAACAACAGCGUCCUGGACGCGGGGGCUUUGGUUCUUUAUUUCCCGGGACCCAAAACAGUCACCGGAGAGGAUGUCCUUGAACUUCAUCUUCACGGUGGACCCGCAAUCGUCAAAGCGGUCUUGACCGCGAUUACCAACACAAGCCGAUCGGACUCUCUCAUCCGGUACGCGGAACCUGGCGAGUUCACUCGGCGGGCUUUCUUGAAUGGCCGGAUGGAUCUUCCACAGGUCGAAGCGUUAGGCGAGACACUGACUGCAGACACCGAACAGCAGCGCCGUCUUGCCGUCCGAGGGACCAGUGAUGCCCUGUCUAAGCGGUACGAGCAAUGGCGACGGCAGCUACUCUACGGGCGUGGCGAGCUCGAGGCGUUGAUUGACUUUUCCGAGGAUCAGCACUUCGACGAAUCGUCUGAUGAGUUAAUUCUCUCCGUCGCGUCGCAGGUGCGUGCGUUGCGAGUCCAGAUUGCGCUCCAUAUCCAGAAUGCGUCCAAGGGCGAAUUGUUACGCCACGGAAUCAAGGUUGCCUUGCUGGGUGCACCCAAUGCCGGCAAAAGCUCUCUACUCAACCGAAUUGUGGGCAAGGAGGCGGCCAUCGUCAGCACGGAAGAAGGCACCACCCGUGAUAUCGUAGAUGUCGGUGUCGACCUGAGCGGUUGGUAUUGUAAGCUUGGCGACAUGGCGGGCAUCAGAUCCGAGCACGGCAAUACGGCGGGUCAGGACUCAGUUGUCAUCGGAGCCGUUGAAAAAGAAGGAAUUCGUCGCGCUAAAGCUCGCGCGCUGGAGUCUGAGGUGGUUAUAGUGGUGGUCUCCUUGGAGGCAAGCGCCAACGGCGCUGCACCAUACCGCGUUUCCGCAGACCAAGAAGUCAUCGACGCAGCCAAUGAUUGUGCGCAGGCUGGCAAAUGUCUCGUCAUUGCCGUCAACAAAUGCGACCGAUUACCAGCGGCCGACCGCGCUGAUCAACUGCCAUCUCCACUGGCCGCCACGCUCGCCACCCUUUUUCCGGCGGUGCCGCGCACGCGCAUGUUUGGCAUCUCCUGUCGAGAAGCCCAAGAGGAGUUGCCGGGAGAGAAGGCCGAUCCGGGCCAACUGCAGGGCUUUCUUCGGGGGCUGAUCUCAACAUUCGAGGAGAUUGCCUCUCCGUUGGGCAUUGAAGGGGACGAUACUGGACAGUAUGACAUGUCGUAUUGGGAAGAUUCUCUGGGAGUGACACAUCGACAAAGCUCUAAUUUACAAAGAUGCAUGCAACAUUUAGACGACUUCUUGGCCCAGACUUCCGAGGCCCAAACACCGCCGACGUCCGGUGGUUUCCAUCACCAUCUCAGCCCUGUAGAGACGGACGUGGAUAUUGUCACAGCGGCGGAGCAUUUGCGGUCCGCGGCCGACGCGCUUGCGAAGAUCACCGGUAAAGGGGAGAGUGGAGAUGUGGAGGACGUUUUGGGCGUCGUUUUCGAAAAGUAAGUGAUAUCGCAACCGGGGAGGGUCUUGUAUCAUGACUGACAGCGUGUUUGCGGCAAGGUUCUGCGUUGGAAAAUAGGCCGCUCGCACUGGAUCAGCCCAACGCAGCCACAGGAUCCGCGACGCUGAUUCCGCCUGAAAAGCCGACGCUCCAUUGUUUCUUCUACAGACGGCUCGUCCCAGACAUCGCCUUGGUCUCACGCGUCUUCGUCGUACAGGUCGUUGUAGCCGCCUCGACCCUGCAUCAAUAAAAGACGAUGGACGCCGCAAGCUAGAGCUAGGAGAACUGAAUGCGUGUUCUUGCUGGACCGAUUACUUCAAUGGGGGGCCCGGAUCGACUGAAGAGAUUGCCCGAUCUCGAGUAAGGGUAUGUGCGUCAAUGGCUCGCAGUACUAGUCAGCUGUCCGGUCGAGGCCGAACUGGAGAUGAAUUGUAGGAAAGUAAUCG